UCGGUUGUUUCUUUGCCGUUGGGAGUCGUGGAAUUCAAAAAAUUAAGAAGCAUAAGCAGUGUGUAAAGCAAGGCUUUUGCACUUCCUGGACAAAGGAUCUUUAGUCACAGACUCUUAAGUGUAAUGUAUAACAUAUAACACACAACGGGGCCGCCAGAGGAAGCUGAGACCGUUCAAAUAAGGAAUGGAAAAGAACUUCUUUUUCCCUGGCAUUUAAAUUUUCAUUCAAUUUUUUUUAUAUCAUGGAUAAUUCGGAGAAUUCAUAUGAAAUUUUGAUAUGUAGAUUAUGUUUGAAUAUUGUCAGUGGUAAAUAUGCUUUUGUGGAUGAUAUUACUCUGGACAAACUCGAAAAUAUAUCUCUGGAAAUGACGAAAACUGUACCGUGCGGUUCAAUACUCUGCGAUAAGUGUAAUCAGCUUUUACUUAAAAAUGUCUUUUUAAAAGCUCAAAUAUACAAGACCGAACAAACGUUUAUGAAUGACAUUGAGGAGACUGAACAUCACUUAGACUACAAACAAGUCGUAUCAUAUAUGGAUGAUACAUCAGCUAAUGUAAGAAAUGUAGCGUACAAAGAAUGGAACUGUAAGAUUUGUAGUAAAGUGAAUGAAGACACAUUUGAAGAUGAUCUUGUGAAAGAAGCAAUAAAAAAGUUAUCCUACAAUUUGGGUUUUCGUAUUGCAAGAAAUUCAAAAAUCUGUAAAUGUUGUACGGAAUUAAUAUACGACCUCAUCAGCGUCAAAAAUAUAUGCAUGAAUACUCAAGAAAUCAUAAAUAAUUAUUGUACAGAUUUUGGGGUGAAUGAUUCCUCUGUAGUUGAUCUGUGUCAUGUUAAAUUUCAUCAGAUUUACUCAAACAGGAGCUUUGACAAUUUGGGUAGUUCUGUUGAAAGUGUGUCUUACACACCAGUAUACGAAGAUCACGAAUCAACUGCUGUAAUAGAUUAUUUGUCAAAGUUUGAUGUGUCUGAAGUAGAACUUGAAGAUUACCGGAACAGCCCAGUUUUAGAUAAUGGCAGUAACAAAGAAAAUCACGAGGUUCUGACUUAUGAACUUGUUGAAGUAAAAGAGAACCCCAUGUAUCAUAAUGGUUUUUGCACGUAUAGGUGCCCAAAAUGCAAAGAACUUGUUGAAAAUGUUGAAGAUCAUUUAAUACGACAUAAAAAUAUCUCAACAGUUAUAAAAUAUGGAUGCAUCAAAUGUGAAUAUACAAAUGAAUCUAAAGAAAAUUUGGAGACACAUUUUUCAACUCAUUCCCAAGUUUCUAUUUCAAAAAAGGUUUUUUACAGUUGCAAUCAGUGUCCUUUUAAAAGUUCAGAUAGGGGAAAUUUCAAAACUCAUAUGCUGGUACAUGCGAAUCCUGAAGAAAUAAAGAUGUUCAAGUGUUCCAAGUGCAAAUUUCAAGCAAGACAGAAAGGAAAUCUCAAAACCCAUCUCCUCGUCCACGAGAAGCCAGACGAAAUAACGAUGUUCAAGUGUUCCAAGUGCAAAUUUCAAGCAAGACAGAAAGGAAAUCUUAAAACCCAUCUCCUCGUCCACGAGAAGCCAGAAGAAAUAACGAUGUUCAAGUGUAAUGAAUGCAAAUUUCAAGCAAGGCAAAAGGGCAACCUCCAAACGCAUAAAUUCAAAAAACACGGUAAAGUCAAAGAAAACAGAAGAGGUUCAUCAUUGUUCAUCAAAUGUGAAUUCUGUCCUUAUACAUCAAAAGGAGAAGCUUGUACGAAAAGGCAUUUCAAGUCUCACAAAACAUCUUUGUAAGGUUAUUUAUCAAUACAAGGCUUAUAACUGAAUAAUAUUUUUAAUGAUCUUUGGUUUAAUGUUAAAAGGAGAAAUGUAUUUACUUCAAAA